UAGUAAAAUUUUAAAAGUUUGAAUUAACGACAGUUAGAUUUUUAAUAAUUUUUUUUAAAAAAUAAAUUGUAAAUAUUAAUUCAAAUGUAAAAAUUCAUGUUAUAAUUUAAAAAUUACAUUUGAUACUUAAAUGCAUAUUUGCAAUUCAAACACUUGAAUUUAUGAUUAUUUAUAUCGAUAUUUUUAAUUUAUUUUUUUUUUAAUUUGUCAAAAACCCAACAACCAUCAACUUAAUGUUCUAAAACCUAACUGUCCUUCUCCCUGUAUAACUUGCCACGCUUCUUUUCAUUGCAGCGGCCCCUUGCCCUUAGUGUGAUAGCAGCAUAUUACAUGGAUUAAGAUUCCAUUAUUUAUGUAGUACCUGUACCAGUUACCACCUGACGCAGCGAAUCAAAAGUUCCAGACGCCUCAAAUUACGUCCAACGUACCUUUGCUUUUUCUCUGCCUUAUUGCCACUCAAAUUUCUUCACCAUUUCCACGACUGUCACCUCCAGUCCAGUCAGUCCACCACCAUGCAAUCUCACCUCUCCUCUAAGCCUUCCUUCCUCCUCCCCGUCGACGUCCAAGAGAGAGCCACCGUGUUCCGCCCACUUUCGCUCGCCCCACCUCACAUGCGCGCCUUCCAUCUUGCAUGGCUCAACCUCUUCUCUUGCUUCUUCUCCACCUUCUCCAUCCCUCCCCUCCUUCCCGUUAUCCUCCACGACCUCCACCUCACCCCCACUGACAUUGGCAACGCCGGCGUCGCCUCCUUCGUCGGCUCCAUCUUCUCCCGCCUCCUCAUGGGCCCCAUCUGCGACCUCGUCGGCCCCCGCAUAGCCUCCGGCACUCUCUCCCUCCUAACAGCACCUGUCAUCCUCGUAACCGCUUUCGUGUGCACACCCCAAUCCUUCAUCAUCAUUCGCUUCCUCGUCGGCUUCUCUCUGGCCAACUUCGUGUCCAGCCAGUUCUGGAUGAGCUCCAUGUUCUCCCCCUCCAUAGUAGGCCUGGCUAAUGGUGUUGCAGCCGGGUGGGCCAACGUGGGCUCGGGUGUGACCCAACUUGUUAUGCCUCUGAUCUACUCUCUCAUCAUGCACUUCAACGUCCCGUCUUCCAUUGCUUGGAGGCUUGCGUUUGUUGUUCCUGCAAUUUUCCAAGCAACCACAGGGAUACUGGUCCUGGCUUUCGGGCAAGACCUGCCUUCGGGGAAAUACGUGCGUACUAGCCAGACCCAGAAGGGUGAAAGAGAGAACGCAUUGAAGAUUGUAUUGGAGGGCUUGACCAAUUACAGAGGGUGGAUUUUGGGCCUGCUUUAUGGGUUCUCUUUCGGGGUGGAACUAACUACAGACAACAUAAUAGCACAGUACUUUUAUGACAGGUUUGACGUGGAUAUUGAAGUUGCGGGGAGUAUAGCGGCAAGUUUUGGGAUGGCGAAUUUGUUCUCGCGGCCUCUGGGAGGAGUGAUUUCUGAUGGGAUGGGAAGGAGGUUUGGCAUGAGAGGGAGAUUGUGGGCUUUGUGGGUGGUCCAAACAGUGGCUGGACUUCUCUGUGUGUUACUUGGACGCCUCAACUCUCUCUGCAGCUCUAUCCUCGUCAUGUGUGCUUUCUCCGUGUUUGUCCAAGCAGCUUCUGGCCUCAUAUUCGGUGUCGUCCCCUUCGUUUCCAAGAGAUCGCUUGGAGUAAUUUCAGGGAUGACGGGGAGCGGAGGAACUGUUGGGGCCGUGGUGACUCAAACGCUGUUGUUUUCAGGGGCCCAAUUCUCAAGGCAAACAAGCAUAUCUCUGAUGGGCAUUAUGAUGGUACUGUGCACUCUUCCAGUGACCUUGCUGUAUUUCCCUCAAUGGGGAGGCAUGUUCUGUGGCCCUUCAUCAGAUGCCGAUUCCCCUGAAGAAAAUGAUCGCCUGCUACAUUAGAAUGAUCCAAUGGGUUCCUGGUGCUCAUGUCCACAGACGCAUUCUGCAUAAAGCUCAAGAUGAACGUGCAAUCAGUUUUACAUUUCUAGUGGUAGAACCCAUUAAAAUCCACAGAAAAAACAUCCAUUUGUACAGUGAUAAUGAAGUAUUUUAUUGGACAGACUGCGUAA